AUGCGACAACCGAUCUACAAAGGUUGUCUCGGGCACUUCAUUAUCACCAGAGAAGGGGAAAACCCGGACCUUCGCCAUCGUCUCCUCUGGCAAGUAAGGGCCCACGUCCCAGGAUCGAGCCUUUGCAAGCGCCACCUCCACCACCCGACACGUAUUACCGCUAGUCUCGUAUUUGGUCGAAAAUUUUUUAACAUCAUUUGCCGUAGGCAGAUUAGUCUCUACAGUGCCAAGACUGCAGAAUGUGGGUACAGAACCCCAGGUCAGUUUAAACUUCCGAAAAACCAAAAUGGCUCUAACGAAAUCGGGUUUCACACUACACACCACACAGUAAUCGGGCCUCCAGACACUAAACGAAAUAAACAUAACCGUAAACUUCAACGGGUUCGAGCAAACGAAUUACGGGCAAUCGGAUCUGACUUGAAACGGAAAGGGCACGAUCGUGAAUUAAUCUUCGACAAGCUUCCGUAUACGGGAUUUGACGAACUCUUUGCGGGCCUGGGCUCGGGCCCUUUGAGGGCCGACGUUGGAGAAGGAGAGGUGGGCCCCGACGGCUAUGAGGGCGGCGCCGGAGAGCAAGCCGCAGGCGGUGACGGCCAGUUGCUUGGGCGUGGCCAUACAACUAGCUUCCACCCAAUAAUCCUCACAUAUUUGGUUCAAGGUCGGAAGCGUUGGGUGCCUCUUGAAUAUCUCUUCACUCGGGUAAUGUUCAAGGAUUAUUGUGGCAAAUGUUGCCUUCAAACCGUCGACGUGGCUUUUUUUGCUGUCGCUGAUGAACUUGAGCCGCCGGAGCGCCUUCUGGGCGCCGGAGUGCAUGCGAUCCAGCUGCGCCCGCUGGCGGCGCAUCUCCCUUUCCGCCAGCACCGAUUCAAUUCCGCCUCCGCCUCCCCCAGCGCCGCCGGAGAGUAUUAA